AUCUGCCUGUCUCCCCGCGACCUUAACCCGCUGCCAGUUGCCGCCUGUCUGCCCUGAGUCGCGGACGCUGAACAGGAGAGGUGACAGCUGACGCCCUAAGGGAAAACGGGGACAAGAUACUCCUUCUGUGCCUUCGUCUGUGUCUCCGGCUGUACCUCCACCGCCGCCGCUACCACCUGCGUCAUUAGUGAAUACCUGGUCAUCUUUUUAAUUACAUCCAGCACGCACUAUGGGGCAGGACGAGAACAAGCAGCGGGGCAACUGGUCUUCUAACAAGGACUACAUCCUCUCCUUGGCCGGGUAUGCGGUGGGCCUGGGUAACCUUUGGCGCUUCCCCUACCUCUGCUACAAGAACGGAGGAGGUGCGUUUCUCAUCCCGUACCUGGUGAUGGUGGUGCUGGUGGGGGUCCCUCUGUUCCUCCUGGAGUCUGCGGUGGGGCAGUUUUCCUCGUCAGGCUUCAUCACUCUCUUCAGCGUCUCUCCAAUGUUCAGAGGUGUCGCCUAUACGAAGGUGCUGGUCAACCUCAUAGCCUCAAGUUACUAUGGGAUGGUCGUGGCUUACCCUGUGGUGUUCCUGGUCUACUCCCUGGGCUCCUCCGUCCCCUGGGAAAGCUGUGAUCACCCCUGGAACACCCCCCAUUGCUUCACCCCAGGGGAGGGAGAAGGAACUCGACUCUCCCUUCUCGACUCUCUCAACGCCUCCAGCGCUCAACACGACAAGCUGGUCUUUCCUGCCGACGACUUCUUCCACAACAAGGUCCUACAGAUAUCAGGAGGCAUCGGGGAACCUGACGGCAUGGUGUGGUAUCUUGUGGGGGCGUCAGCGCUGGUUUGGUGCUCCGCCUUACUCUGCAUUAUCAAGGGCGUCAAGGUGCUCGGGAAGGUGGUGUGGUUCACGGCAACCUUCCCCCUGGUGAUGCUGGUGAUCCUCUUUGCGCGCGGCGUGACCCUGCCCGGCGCCUGGAUUGGGAUAAGUUACUACAUCGUCCCAGACUUCAACAGACUCCUGGAACCUGGUGUGUGGGUUGACGCCGCCGUGCAAGUCUUCUACUCCUUCGGCGCUGGCUGGGGUACCAUUCCCACGAUGUCCUCGUUCAGUAGAUUCAAUAACAACUGCAUAAGAAACUCCAUCAUUGUCCCAAUCAUCAACGCCAGCACUUCGAUCUUCGCGGGCUUCGUCGUGUUCUCCGUCCUGGGCUUUCUGUCGAGGGAGUUGGGGACGAGUGUGGCGGAGGUGACGACAGCUGGUCCAGCCCUUGCCUUCGUCACGUACCCUCAGGCCCUGGCGUUCAUGCCCAUGCCCUCCCUGUGGUCCUUGCUCUUCUUCCUCAUGCUCUUCUUCCUCGGCAUAGACUCAGCGUUCGUGCAGAUGGAAUCGUUGGUGGUGGCGCUGGUGGACGCCUUCCCCAAGCUACGGUCCAGGCGAGGGUUGGUGGCCCUGUCCGUGUGCCUCGUGAUCUUCCUCGGCUCCUUCUUUUGCUGCACAAGGGGCGGGUUCUACGUGCUGCAGCUCCUCGACAAGUACUCCGUGGCGCCCAGUCUGCUGCCGGCGGCCAUCUGUGAAGUACUGGUGCUGUGCUAUGUCUAUGGCGGCGGGCGACUCAUCCGUGACUUCGAGAUGAUGCUUGGCCGGGAGCUGAGCGUGUUCUGGUACAUCUGCUGGGUGGUGUUGACGCCUAUGAUUCUUGGGGCAAUGUUCAUCUCCACUAUGGGCAUGGGCAUUGAUAUAUCCUACCGCGGGUACGUCUUCCCCUACUGGACACAUGUACUGGGUUGGGCCAUCGCGGUCGUCUGCGUCCUCGCCAUUCCCGUCUACAUCAUCUACUACCUCCUCUCCGCUAAGGGCACACUGUCACAGCGGCUGUGGACCGGAUUCACGCCCAGCCCUUCGUGGGGACCCGCCCUGGAGCACCACCGGCAGGAGUGGAUGGAGUACUGCGCCCUCCACCCGCUGCCCAACCGCUUCUUCCACCGCGACUGUGACUGCCGGUCCAGGAAGAGCCGAAAGGAGGAGGUGCUGUCCCCUGAAGAACUCACGGCGAUGACGGUCAAGAUUGUAUAGAGUCCAACACCCUUUCUUUUUUGCGUUCCUUCCUUCACCGUUAGAGGAAAGACAUGAUUUGGAUCCUAGUGAAAGCAAGAGGGAUUGAGAGGCCUUUAGUAUGGGGGUCUUUGGUCUUUAGUUAAGGGAUUGUAUAGAGUUUGGUUAAGGAAUUGUAUAGAGUCCAACACCCUUUCUUUUUACGCUCCUUACUUCACCGUUAGAGGAAAGACAUGAUUUGGACCCUAGUGAAGGCAAGAGGGAUAGAGUGCCUUUAGUUUGAGGGUCUUUGGUCUUUGGUUAAGGGAUUGUAUAGAGUUUGGUUAAGGGAUUGUAUAGAGUCCAACACCCUUUCUUUUUUGCGUCCCUUCCUUCACCGUUAGAGGAAAGACAUGAUUUGGACCCUAGUGAAGGCAAGAGGGAUAGAGAGGCCCUUAGUUUGAGGGUUCCUGGUCUUUAGGUAAGGAUUGAAAGUCUUUAAACCCAUAUUCUUUAACGUAUCGGGCUCCAACACCCUUUCUUUUUGCGUCCCUUCCUUCACCGUAAGAGGAAAGACACGAUUUGGACCCUAAGGGAAGAGUAGUAGAGAGGGCUUUAGUUUGAGGGUCUUUGGUCUUUGGUUAAGGGUUGAAGGGCGUUAGUUAGUUCAAUACGAGCCUUGUAAGGUUUAGUUUGAGGGUCGAAGGUUCAGUUAAGGGUCGAAGGUCGAAGGUCUGGAUGCUGUCAAGUCACGUCGCGGUCAAGUGUGUGUGUGUGUGUGUGUAUGUGUGUGUGUGUGUGUUAGUAAAGAGUUAACUUGCAAUAUCUUCAGUUUCUGCAGGUUUGUUCUCUCAUCACUCCACCAGCAUCCAUUUCGUCUCCUCCCGCCUUUCCCUCUGUCUUCCUUCAUCGGUUCUUCGUUAUCUGGUACAAGAAUUAUGUUACUCUAAUGUCCAUACUCUUUCGACCCUGCUUUCUUUACCCCCGUCAACUGGCCAUGCACUGCCUCUCUCUUCUAAGGCCUCAAUAUCACAACCAGUAUGUGUCACCCAGUUCACAGUAUCAUCUUUUUCGUUCCUCGUUAUCUGAUGAUGCUAACUUUAGAAUUCCAAUCCGACCAUAUCACUUUUUCUUCCCUCCAUUACCAGCCUCUCUCCUCCAAGCCCUUCACCACACAAGCCGUAUUUAUCACCGAGUUCACAUUACCAGAUUGCGUUUUAGAUUGCCUGGUGCAUGGUAGAAUACUGUCACCUUGAUUCUCUUCCAUUCACAGCCUCCAGCAUCUUGCAAUCUCUACCCUCCUAGCUCUUAAACACACAACUCAUGUUUUUUCAUCUCGUUCACAAUAUCCUCAGUGUCCCAUCUCUCCUAUUGUUAACCAGUUCACAACCUAACCAUUCUGCAUCUCAAAACUCAUAUUCUUCACUAGCUCGCACUAAUCCAAACAGUCUAUCACACUUCUCGUCCUUUUUCAACAGUUUACAAUGACCCAAUCAGCGCAACUUACAUUCCAGCCUCUCGUAGGUUCACAUACAUCCCCACAGCCAUAGUUUGCUAAUGUUGGUUGCCCCUGAAAAGAAUGAGGAGGUGUGAGUAUGUAUUGAUGUAGAAGGUCGCGAUUGUGUGAGUGAAACAAAAUAAACGGUUACUAUAAAAAAAAGUAUCCUCAAACCGAUUUAUUUUGUACUUACCGAUAACAAAGAAGGAAAAAAAGAAGGAAAACAAAUAGGUGGGUAUGACUAAUGAUGUGUUUUAGAAUUCAGCGUGUUAGUAAACCAUAAAACUGUAAGUGGUAAGUGUCCGAUAACCGAUUUAUUUUGUACUUACCGAUAACAAAGAAGGAAAAAAAGAAGGAAAACAAAUAGGGAUGAAUGAGCAAUGAUGUGUUUUAGAAUUCAGCGUGUUAGUAAACCAUAAAAUUGUGAGUGGAAAGUGUCCUCAAACCGAUUUAUUUUGUACUUACCGAUAACAAAGAAGGAAAAAAAGGAGGAAAACAAAGAGGGAUGAAUGAGCAAUGAUGUGUUUUAGAAUUCAGCGUGUUAGUAAACCAUGAAACUGUAAGUGGAAAGUGUCCGAUAACCGAUUUAAUUUGUACUUACCGAUAACAAAGAAGGAAAAAAAAGAUGAAAACAAAGAGGGAUGAAUGAGCAAUGAUGUGUUUUAGAAUUCAGCGCGUUAGUAAGCCAUGAAACUGUAAGUGGUAAGUGUCCGAUAACCGAUUUAUUUUGUACUUACCGAUAACAAAGAAGGAAGAAAAGGAGGAAAACAAAGAGGGAUAAAUGACUAAUGAUGUGUUUGAGAAUUCAGCGUGUUAGUAAACCAUAAAAUUGUAAGUGGAAAGUGUCCGAUAACCGAUUUAUUUUGUACUUACCGAUAACAAAGAAGGAAGAAAAGGAGGAAAACAAAGAGGGAUAAAUGACUAAUGAUGUGUUUGAGAAUUCAGCGUGUUAGUAAACCAUAAAAUUGUAAGUGGAAAGUGUCCGAUAACCGAUUUAUUUUGUACUUACCGAUAAGAAUGAAGAAAGAGAACAGUAGGUAUAGCAAACAACUACGAAUGUGUUAUAGAAUUCAGAGCGUUAGCAAACCUUAAAACUGUUAGUGUUAAGAAUCCCAAAAUCUUAUAAAUAACAUAAUUGAAAUCCCACCUGUUGUCCAAUCUACCUCGCUCGCUCCCUACCUACCUACCUACCCAUACCCUCCCCUCCCUCCCCCCCGCCCAGGUAAGAGCCCUAGGGUACACCUGUUAAUUAGCUGCUGAUUACGUGUUCAUUACCUGUUGCGGCGAAGGUGUGCUCACGGCGCCGAGGCAACGAGGAAAAAGGGAAAGAUUUUUAUCCCAACGAAAUAAAGAGAACUCGAAUUGUG